AUGGCGCCCUUUUCUAUUGUGGACGCAUUCCACGCUGCGCUAAAAGAGGAUGAUGAGCUCCCGGCGCCCAUUGCUGCGAUCUUUGCACUGUCUGAGAUGAUUUCACGCUCCAAGGCAGAGACCACGUCGGAGCUCAUGCAGAGCAUCAAACAAGCGUCCGACAUGCUCAAAGCGAGCCUCGAAAAUCCUAUUCCUGCAUCUGCAGGCUUGGAAUUGUACAUGCGAUUCGUCACACGAAAGAACUGGGCAGGCGGUACAUUUGAAACUCACAAACAAAAUCUGGUUUCGACCGCGCUGGAGUUUGCACACAAUACCGUGCCCAACUGCCGUUUGCGCAUUACCGAGCUCUUGCUACCAUUUAUCAAGAACGAGACAGUGAUCCUUACGCAUGGGUACUCGCGUGUAGUGAUGCAGGUCCUUGUGGCAGCAAAAGCGCUUGGCCGGCGCAUCUGCGUGUAUGUUACAGAGAGCCGGCCAAGCUGCAGGGGACUGCUCACGUACCAACGACUGAUGGAGGCAGGAAUUCCAUGCACGGUCGUGCUCGAUACUGCAGUCGCAUACAUUAUCCACAAGGUUGACAUGAUCCUUACAGGCGCCGAGGGUGUUGUCGAGUCGGGUGGCCUGUUUAACGCCGUCGGUACGUCACAGCUUGGUAUUGUGGCUAAGGCUGCAAACAAGAUGUUUUUUGCCGUCGCAGAGAGUUACAAGUUUUUGCGUCUAUUUCCAUUGUCACAGUAUGAUAUCCCUAUUCCUGGCCCCAUGCUUCCGUUCCCAUCUAGUACCGAGGUUGACCAAGGCAUUUUGCAGCAGGGCGACAAGGAAAUGCACAUGACGCUGGCGAUGGAGGCUCUCAACCCGUCGAUCGACUAUACCCAGCCGGAGCUCGUCACGUUCAUUGUAAGCGAUAUUGGUAUCUUGACCCCUUCGGGCGUAUCCGAUGCAUUGCUGGCCGUGUACGGCGGCGAUUAA